GCCCCGCCCACGAGGGCCUUGGGCCCGCCCCCUACGACUCGCUGGCUUCCGCCCGUGUGGGAAACCCCGGAGCGGAUAUAGUGCCCUCUCCUUCCGGUCUGGCUCCUUUUCGGCCGCGGCUGCCUCCACGCGAACAUGCCUCUCGCAAAGGAUCUCCUGCAUCCUUCCCCCGAGGAGGAGAAGAGGAAGCAUAAGAAGAAGCGCCUGGUCCAGAGUCCCAACUCGUACUUCAUGGAUGUGAAAUGUCCAGGUUGCUACAAAAUCACCACCGUGUUCAGCCAUGCUCAGACGGUGGUUUUGUGUGUCGGCUGCUCAACUGUUCUGUGCCAGCCCACUGGGGGCAAGGCAAGGUUAACAGAAGGAUGCUCCUUCAGGCGAAAGCAGCACUAAAUUAAGCAGGUGGUGGUCCAGGAUGGGUGGGGCUACACGAACAGUCUCAGGCUAAGUCGCUGACGAGCUCAAGAGGAUAGAUGGGGUCUGCUGCACAAGAACCAGGUCUGGCACAAAAGAAGUUGUAGCUGCAACAGUGUGACUCCUGAGGGCUGCUUCAGCUGCUGAACAUGGAAUAUGAUGAGCAAAAGGGGGCGAUUGCACUGUCCUUGUAGCCUCACCCAUUUGACUGAAUAAAUUUUGGAUAAUACA